AUUUUUCUUAUGUUUUGAACUUUUUUAUCGAAUUGAGUGUGAAGAAUGGGACCGUUGACUGCAAAUCGUGAUACUGUUACAGCUGAAAACUGUGCUCAAGCUAGUGCUGUUGCUGGAUUCAGAGCUGCUUUUAUUGCAUGUGUGGCCACUGCAAUUCCUACAUUGGCUGCGGUUCGUACAAUUCCUUGGGCAAAAGCAAAUUUGAACUACACUGGUCAAGCUCUCAUUAUAUCCGGAGCAUCAAUAGCAGCCUACUUCAUUACUGCCGACAAAACUAUACUGGAGACAGCAAGGAAAAAUGCAGAUGCUCGUUAUGAUAGAAGAACCUGAGCACAAAACAAGUGUUUGAUGUUCAUAUUUUUGAAGCCGUAGGACUAUAUUUCUAUUCUUUUUUCUCUUCUCUAUUUUUGUGCUUCUUAAUUGAGUUGAGUCCGAAUCUUCGCCCAAAAUUUAUGAUCUAUUUUAA